CGAUGGUGAGCUUGAGAGGGAACAACAACAAUGUGGUGGCGGCGAGGGCAGAAGGCGAAGGUGGUGGUAGGGAAAGAUUGAUAGCGGUUGCGAUCGACAGGGACAAGCCCAGCAGAUAUGCUCUCAAAUGGGCCAUCGAAAACGUCGUCUCCUCCUCGAACCAGACCCUCAAGCUUGUUCACGUCAAGAGUCGGCCUUCAACAUCCCUUCUUCCAUUUCCAGCCUGGUCGGAAGAGACGCAACCCGAUGCUCAAACAGCGGAGCUCUUCCUUCCCUUCCGCUGCUAUUGCUUGCGGAGACAUGUGCGUUUCCACUUCCUAACCUUCCAUUCCUAUCCAAAACAGUUUGAAAAACUUGAAUGA